GCAUGGGCAGAAGCGACGUCACAACGACAGGGACGGCAGCCCAACAGCAACAGCUUCACAUAAAUGUGCCGCAGUUUUACCUGUGGAGUAUCUUCUUCGCUUUUUUAUGGCUUUGCCGUCUAUUUUAGCACACUACGACAAACUUGGUGGCUCCACCAUGCCGUCGGCGUACAAACAGCCUCUCUGGGACUACGUGAACGCCAUUCUUAGCAUCAUGAAAGAUAUGGAUUUUUUCGAUCCCGCUGCGUAUAUUCCUUUGAAAUGA